AUGGAGACCGUGAACACCUCCGAGCGCCUGGCCAAGCUACGGCAGUUGAUGCAAGAGCACAAGGUGGAUGUAUAUAUCGUUCCUUCGGAAGAUAGUCACCAGUCGGAAUACAUUGCGCCAUGCGACGGCCGUCGAGAGUUCAUCUCAGGUUUCUCCGGCUCGGCUGGAACGGCCAUCAUCUCCUUGUCCAAGGCAGCAUUGUCCACAGACGGCCGUUACUUCAACCAGGCUGCCAAGCAGCUUGACAGCAACUGGGCGCUGCUGAAGCGGGGCGUUGAGGGUGUCCCAACCUGGCAAGAAUGGACCACGGAGCAGGCCGAGGGUGGCAAGGUGGUUGGUGUCGACCCAGCUUUGAUUACAGCCUCUGGCGCCCGUAGUCUUUCAGAGACUCUGAAGAAGAAGGGAUCGUCCCUUGUUGGCGUCGAGCAGAAUCUUGUUGACUUGGUCUGGAAGAAUGACAAACCUGCUCCUCCGAGGGAGAAGGUGACUGUUCACCCGGAGAAGUAUGCUGGCAAGAGCUUCCAGGAGAAGAUCCAGGAUCUGCGCAAGGAAUUGGAGAACAAGAAGGCUGCUGGCUUCGUUAUCUCAAUGUUGGAUGAAAUUGCUUGGCUGUUCAACCUUCGUGGCACUGAUAUUCCCUACAACCCCGUGUUCUUCUCAUACGCUAUCGUUACCCCCACCACUGUUGACAUCUACGUUGAUGAUGAUAAGCUUACGCCAGAGGUGAAGGCCCACCUUGGUCAAGACGUCGUGAUCAAGCCUUAUGACUCGAUCUUUGCGGAUGCCAAAGCCCUAAGCGAGGCUCGGAAGCAGCAAGCCGAGGGUGCGUCUUCUAAGUUCCUUGUAUCCAACAGGGCUUCUUGGGCUCUGAGCCUUAGCCUUGGAGGCGAGGAGCAGGUUGAGGAGGUCCGUAGCCCUAUUGGCGAUGCCAAGGCGGUCAAAAAUGAAGUUGAGCUCGCAGGCAUGCGGGCUUGUCACAUCCGUGAUGGUGCAGCCUUGUCGGAGUACCUGGCCUGGCUCGAGAACGAGCUGGUCAAUAAGAAGACAACUCUGGAUGAAGUGGAUGCUGCAGACAAGCUGGAGCAGAUCCGAUCCAAGCACGAUCUGUUUGCUGGCCUGUCGUUUGACACUAUCUCCUCCACGGGUCCUAAUGGUGCCGUCAUCCACUACAAGCCCGAGAAGGGAAGCUGCGCCAUCAUUGACCCUACCGCCAUUUACCUCUGUGACUCCGGAGCUCAGUACCUAGAUGGAACAACUGAUGUGACCCGUACAUUCCAUUUCGGCAAGCCCACAGAGCUUGAGAAGAAGGCAUUCACUCUUGUGCUGAAGGGUCUUAUCUCAAUCGACACUGCUGUAUUCCCCAAGGGCACCAGUGGCUUUGCGCUUGAUGCUCUGGCGCGACAGCACCUAUGGAAGGAGGGUCUCGAUUACCUGCAUGGAACUGGUCAUGGAGUCGGUUCUUACCUGAACGUGCACGAAGGACCCAUUGGCAUUGGCACGCGCGUGCAGUACACUGAAGUCCCCAUCGCUCCUGGCAACGUCAUCUCCGACGAACCCGGCUUCUACGAAGAUGGAAAGUUUGGUAUCCGUAUUGAGAAUAUCAUCAUGGCACGCGAAGUGCAGACGACGCACAAGUUCGGUGACAAGCCUUGGUUGGGCUUCGAGCACGUCACGAUGGCUCCUAUCGGUCAAAAUCUGAUUGAUCCCUCUCUUCUCACUGAUGCCGAGCUGAAGUGGGUGAACGAUUACCAUGCUGAGUUCGGCCGAAGCCCCUACGCGAACGGAUACGGAUACUCCGACACCAGCCGCUACGAUCGCGGUGAUGGCGGGUACGGCAGCAACGGCAGCAACGGGAGCAACAGCUUGGGGAUGAAUGGAUAUAGAGGAGGAGGGGGAGGAGGAGGAGGAAGCGGUGGUGGCGCCGGAGGUAGCAGCGGUGCAUCAGGGGGCCGCGAUCUCCGGCCUGGAGGCUAUGGUGGCUUCUACCCGGAGGCGUCGCAGUCGUCCUUGUCGCCGGCCCAAUCACCGGAGCGACGCCGUGACCGAUGGGACCGCGACCCGGAGCAUUCGUCGUCGCGGUCCAGAACCAGGGAGGGUGAUGCAGAGAGGGCGACAUUGGGCUCUCGAGACGGUCGAGCGCGUGGAGAGACGAGUUGGGUAAUGAACACUGCUGGACGCGCGGGGGCGCAGGGAGGAGGCUCUCAGGCUAUUGAAGAUGUGUUGCAGAUGGUACAACGGGAAUGGGACUUCGUGGCUUCUGAGAGCUGCAUUCCGGUGCAGGUGGCCCUACAGUUGAUGGACACGAGCACGUUGGGCAAGGCUGAGCGCGAACCGGAGUUCUUGGAGAUCCAUGACCAGAUACAGCGGACUCUGAAGUCGGUCGUUAAUGAACACCAUCAGGGCUUCAACAGUUCUAUCGGUACAUACCAUAAGAUCCAGACCAGUAUCCAGACUUCACAGACUCGAGUGCGCAAUCUGAAGAACGCCCUUGAGGGAGCGAAAUCAGGCUUGUUGUCCACCAAGCCUGAACUGAAAGGGCUGGCUACCUCUUCGCAAAAAUACGACGAUAUCAUUCAGCUCUUCAGCCAGAUCCAGGAGAUCCAAUCGCUGCCGGAGAAGCUGGAGUCCCGCAUCUCCGAUAAGCGUUUCCUUGCCGCCGUUGAAGUGUUGCAUGACGCGCUACGGUUGUUGCGUCGCUCUGAACUCGAGAACAUCGGGGCGCUGGCGGAUAUUCGCGCGUACUUCGGUAGCCAGGAGGCUUCUUUGACGGAUAUCUUGAUUGAAGAGCUGCAUGAUCAUCUGUACCUGAAAUCUCCUUACUGCGCCAAUCGAUGGAAACCCCCAACUGCCGAGGGAGAGGGCAACGGUGUCAAUGCAACCAGCUGGUCUGGUAACAACGCCUGGGAACGUCCGGUCUACAACUUCUUGGCCAAGCUGGAUGCCUCUAACCCGAUGGUGGAGGAUGCAUCUCGGAAUCCAGAAGCCGACACAUUCUACUACAUCCAGUUACUUAUCGAAGCGCUCAACAAGAUGGGUAACCUUGACAUCGCGGUCGAUCGGAUCGAGCAGAGGCUCCCCGUCGAAUUGUUCUCCGUUGUGGACAAGACGAAUGCCGAAAUCGACGCACGUUACCCUGAGUUGUCUACCCGUGGCUUCGCAGCCCAAGACAGCAGAAGCGGCGUGGCAUCGAAGACCAUCGAGAAGCGUGGUCACGUGCUGACUGAGUUCUUGUGGACAUUGUAUGCCAAAUUUGAGUCCAUUGCUGAGGGCCACCGUGUCGUCCAUGACGUGAUCGCAGCCAUUGUAGCACGAGAGGGCAUCCCGAAGAGCAACACGCUUGCUGGUGGGUUCAAGGAGCUUUGGAAGCUUUACCAGAGCGAGAUUCGCUCGCUCUUGCAUGACUACUUGGCUACUGAUGGAGAGUACCGACCGAGGGAUGAAGGCGACGCUAGGCGUCAAAUGUACACGGGCAUGCGAGACAAGAACAAGUCUGAACUGGACGAGAUUCUCAGGUCAUCUGUGCCGGGCUUAGUGACUAAGUCCAAUCAGAAAUUUGCGGUGACCGAUACCUCCGAUGCUAGGCAAGGCAACUCGGGUACUGGUCACAAGAUCCUCAUUGAACCGAGUGUAUUCAAUAUCAGCCUCGUGCUGCCACCCUCUCUUUCUUUCAUUCAACGGUUGAAGGAGAUCGUACCGGUGGAUUCGGAUCUCGCGAUGACCACAUUGACCUCCUUCCUGGAUGACUUCUUGGUCAACGUAUUCUUGCCUCAACUCGAUGAUACGGUUACAGACCUCUGCACUCUCACAAUUGUCUCGCCCGAUGCAUUCACAGAAGACCCCCAAUGGUCCACCGUCUCGCCUCGGCCCAUCUUCAAGGGAGCGGUCAAGCUCAUGUCGAUCAUUCAGGACUUUAGCAAGAUGCUAUCCAGUAUCCCUCCUGAUCAAGCCUUCACACAGCUGCUUCUUACUCAGAUCGUGACUUACUACGACAAGUGUUGUGGAUGGUACAAAUCAAUUGUGACCAAGAAAUCUCCCCGAGACAAGGGAGAGCCCCGGCUCAAGGCCGCUGCAGGCUUUGCUGAGGCUGGAGACGUUCAUGAUGUCGUUGCUGAGCUCUGGAGAAACGAAACAAAUGAUAAAUGGGCACUUGUCGAUAAGGAAAUCGAGCUGCUUCUCCAGCUGACCUCCGAGGUCCCGUUAGAGCCUUAUGACAUCGUAUCAGACCCCAAGACCGUGGUGGCUCUGUCGCUUCUUUACAAUAGCAUGCAAUGGUUUGCGAGUCACCUGGCCCAGCUGCGCCAAAUCAUCCCGACCUCGGAAGCUCGACGCCCGGAAACCGGGCCUCCUAACCGUCGUUGGACCUUGAUCGGGGCAAUGAAGUCCAAGGUCGAUGGUGUCAGUCAGCCGAUAUAUCUGCCCUUAAGCCAAGAAACGGCGACUAUCUUCGACAACACUCUUGGGUCACUGCGCGAAUUGGCGUACACCGCUCUGUUCGCUCUCCACAUCGAUUGUCGGUGUGGCGUCAUCCAUAUGCUCAAGAAGACGAUGGCAGGGCCCAAUCCUCGGAACUCGCGCGCUUCUGAGCCUACGACGCCAUCUCCCAGCACCAACACUCACUGGUGGCAUAUUCUGAUGAAUCAGCCCACUGCUGCAUCACCUACGAUUCUGGAGUUGAAUGGUGAUCUGAUCGGCUUCGACAGUAACAUAUCCACUUACCUCGGAUCAUCUGAGAGAUGGUUCAUUACCUCUGGGCUUGCUCGCUUCAUCGACCAGACUUUUGUGGCGAACACCGGUUUGAUCGGCGCUAUGAACGAGAAUGGAGCCUUGCGCCUUCAAUUGGACGUCCUCGUCCUGCAACAGAACCUAAAGAACAUUAUCAUCAGUCCGACGCAGGACCCGGCUCAUGACGGAACCACCAGCCCCCACGAAGAGCACCACGAGGUGGUCGCGCUCCCGCGCAGCGCCAAGUUCCUGGACUGGUUCCUCGAGGGCGCCGAGAAAGCCCUAGACUACGCCAAGGAAGAGAAGGAAUCCUUUGCUGCCCAUGGAGAGAAAGCGCUGGCCGCUGGAAACGGAGAACCCUUCACGUACGAAGAGCUCAAAAUCCUCAUUGAUCUGAGCUUCUCGGAUGCUUUGCUCGGACCCAGAGGAGCGGACAACCGGGAGGAAUUUAUGGCUGCCAAGAAGGCCAGUGCGGAUGCUCUGCUGAGAUUGAAUGAGGUGAUGUGGGAUUCCAAGUAG